AUGAACAACGAAACAAUGCUGGCGGACGCGCCACUGGUGACCGACGGUUCCGGCGAGCCACCAUACGGGGAGGCCAACCUUACCGACCUGUCGGUGGAAAAUCCCUCGCUGGUGGAUGGUUUGCUGGCACUUGCGAUGAAUGCGAGCGGUGCCGAACGGUGCCGGUUGCAGCAACAGGCUGAGGAGCUGCUGCAGGAUGUGGCCUGUCCGUCCUUUUUCGAUACGGUGUCCUGCUGGCCCCGUACGUCACCCGGUACGUUGGCCGUGUUGCCAUGCUUUGCCGAACUGAAGGGUGUGCAGUAUGACAGUUCGCAAAAUGCAACCCGUUUCUGUAACGUCGACGGUACCUGGGAUAAUUACACCGAAUACGAUCGGUGCCAGCACCUCGAACAGCCGGCCCCGCUGCCAAGCUUCGAGCCGGAAAUCGAACUGCCAACGCUGAUCUACUUCGUCGGCUACUCAAUCAGCUUGGCCGCACUCGUGCUGGCGGUCGCGGUGCUCGUGUAUUUCAAUAACUACUCUGCCCGCAGGGAUUUGCGCUGCUUGCGGAACACUAUCCACGUCAACCUCUUCCUGACGUACAUCAUGUCGUCGAGCCUUUGGAUACUCAUACUAUCAUUACAGAUCACCGUAAAGCUGGAAGUGGCCGGAUGCAUAUUUCUCGUCACGCUCUUUCACUACUUCAGUGCAACCAACUUCUUCUGGAUGCUGGUAGAAGGUCUCUACCUUUACAUGCUCGUGGUGCAAACGUUUUCCGGUGACACAUUGCGCUUUCGAAAGUACGCCAUUAUUGGAUGGGGAGGUCCGUUAAUCUUCGUAGGGGCUUGGGCCAUCGCAAAACCGUUCUUCUUAUCCACCUCGAAUUUGGAACAUCCUAAUAAACUCGAAAUAGAAUGCUCCUGGAUGCGUGAAUCUCACAUCGAUUGGAUCAUCCAGGGCCCGUCCUGUGCAGUGUUGGUUAUCAAUCUCAUCUUCCUGCUGCGCAUCAUGUGGGUGCUGAUCACGAAGCUCCGCUCGGCAAACACGGUGGAAACGCGCCAAUACCGGAAAGCCUCGAAAGCACUGCUCGUGCUGAUACCGCUGCUAGGCAUCACCUACCUCAUCGUUAUCUACGGCCCAGUCGAAGGUGUCGGGAGCCACAUAUUUGCCAUCACGCGGGCCAUUCUUCUUAGCACACAGGGUUUUGUCGUGUCACUUCUGUACUGUUUCCUGAAUUCUGAAGUCCGCCAAACUCUGCGGCAUCAUUUUUAUCGCUGGCGGGAUGAGCGGAACAUCCUUUCUGGGAAGGUGAACAAUCACCACCGUAGGCCAACGUUCAGCAAGGACAACUCGCCCCGUUCGCGUACGGAAAGUACACGGUUUUCCCAGUUUUCCCGACCAGAGUCGAUGAAUUUUCCACCCGUUCCAUUAGCGUAAACAGUGUAUCGAUGUAUUAAUGGUCAGUUAUACAACUGGGAAACGCAAAGAUCAUGCUGUGAGCGGACGCAACAGUGUUGCAUAUGCAUAUGAAGCAGGGCGCUACAGAGUGCGACAGAUAGAGAGUGAGAGCAGAAAGCAAGAUGGGGAAAAGGGAAGCAACGCUAGACUAAUUAAAUUAAAUGAAAUGAAAAUAAAAUAAAAACAAACACUCGCUGUGAAAAACAGAAACUUCGGCUUCGGCAGUAAACAAUUUAACCAUUUCUCUCGAUGUAAACAAAGUGUUCCGCGGGUAGCCUGGAAGGUAUACCAACCAGAUCAGACCUUUUGCCAGCAAAGGGUGAUAAAGUUAUAUUUUUUCACUUAACGCAAAUUAAACCGAUAACUGUUUAUCGAUGUUGAAAGAGUGGUACACAAUCGAUCAAACCAAUCACCAGUAAGUUAUAGUAAGUGUAUAAGGUAUAAGGAUGUAAUGUAAUGUAUGUAAUGAAAAUUCUAUGAAGAAUAUCAAACUGCUAUAAGCUAAAACAUGCCAAACGGUUCGGAAAGUAUAGGACAAACAAGAAAUCUUAAUGUGUCACUGUGCACGAAACAUAAACAAUAGAAACAAACGUAAUGCGCCAGAAUAGGUCAAGUACAAUGGCUUAUAGAAUGUUACUUAUAAGAGAUGUCUCUAUGGCCCCCGGUUAUUCUCGAGAAUC